UAGAUGAUGAGAUAAGAGGGUGCUUGGUUUAAAAGGAGCAGCAGACUUUGAGUCAGACACUCCUUUAUUUCAGAGUCUUUCAGUUCACCCUCACAGCCACCAUGACCUUCAACGGCAACUGGAAAAUCGAUCGCAAUGAUAACUAUGAGAAAUUCAUGGAGCAAAUGGGAAUUAACAUGGUGAAGAGGAAGCUGGCUGCUCAUGACAACCUCAAGAUAACCAUUGAACAGAGUGGAGACACCUUUCACGUCAAAGAGAGCAGUAAAUUCCGCACCCUGGAAAUAGACUUCACCCUGGGAGUCAAUUUUGAGUACAGCCUUGCAGAUGGAACAGAGCUAUCAGGCUCAUGGACAAUGGAGGGAGAUCUGUUGAAGGGGGUUUUCACCAGGAAGGACAAUGGAAAGAAACUGACUACAACCAGAAUCGUCCAAGGAGAUGAACUUAUACAGAGCUACAACUACGAAGGUGUAGAUGCAAAGAGGAUUUUCAAGAGGUGUUAGACCAAACUGAUCACCAGAACUCUGUAACCAAAGUGGUGUUUGACUUCAGGAUUACAUACAGUAUUCUGUUGAAUUAUCAACUACAUAUUCCAAUAUAACCUUUAAAACGUGCACUCCUUGUAAUGUCUGUACAGUCUAUGAAACAGUUUUAAAUUGCACAGGAUUUUGAUACUUGCAGUAAUAAAACCAUACUGUCACUGCC